AUGUCUUCCUUAAUCCUACCUGAAUUCAAAGGCUCGACCGUGGACGUGUCGAUAAUUCAUGCUGGGCAAAUAACUGUGCCCGCGGUUUACAUCUUGCAAUCUCCUAUCCCAGGACAUGACUUGCUAGAUAUUCCUUGCUACAGCUUCCUGAUCGAGAAUAAGAGGCGCAAGAAGGUCCUUUUUGACCUUGGUCCCAGAAAGGAUUGGAGGGAGAAGCUACCACCAACUAGCCAAAUCGAAUCUGCUAGGGCAGUUGUGAAGAUUGAACAAGAUGUUGCUGAUCAACUUUCCAAGGCCAAAAUUCCCCUGGAAUCAAUCAACACUAUCAUCUGGUCCCACCACCACAUGGACCAUACUGGAGACCCAUCCCUGUUCCCUCCAUCCACAGAGCUAGUCGUUGGCCCUGGAUUUAAGCUAGACAAAACGACAUCUCUAGGCUAUCCUAUGAAUGCGGACGCUCUGGUGAAUGAUGAUGCCUUCCUUGGGCGCAACUUGGUGGAGCUGGAUUUCAGUGGUGCCGUAAACAUUGGAGGCUUUCUGGCUAUCGACUUUUUCAAAGAUGGUAGCCUGUAUCUACUGAGGUCGAAUGGACACAGUGAGUAUCUUUAUACCGUGAUGACAGGAAUUACUAACACUUUCAAAAUAGCCAAUAAUCACAUCAGUGCUCUGGCCCGUACUUCGGAGAACCACUUCAUCCUUCUUGGGGGUGAUGUCGCUCAUCACCCAGGUGAAUACCGCCCAACAGAACACCUCCCACUUCCAAUAGAGAUCAGACCGUCGCCGCUUGACAAGGUUACCUGCUCAGCAUCUGCAUGCCCCUCUUAUAUCUUCGAAAAUAUAUCCCCUACGACAGCGAAAGCGAAAGGCAAAAAGACGAAAGUCACCCCGUUCUAUGAGCUGAAUGCCGCACUCAAUGAAGACUUAGAAAGUGCUGAGGCCUCGCUCGAUAAAAUGACUGUGUUCGACGGCUCGGCCAACGUCUUGAUAAUCAUUGCGCAUGAUGCGAGUCUUCUGGAUAUCUUACCCUUCUUCCCAAAGAAGAUUACCGACUGGAACGUGGAGGGAUACAAGGAAGCCGGGGCUUGGCGAUUCCUGAAGGACUUUAGCGGGGCAAUUAGUCGAUCUAUGUAG